CGGUCGUAUGAAAAAAUCGGUUCUUGCUUUAGUGUGAAAACGCAGAAAAAAUAUUUUUUUAAAUAAAUUAAACAAACAAAAACUUCAAAAUGUUGUCUGUGAAACUGUUGUUACUUGUUGUUGUAAUGCAAAGCACCACUUUCUUCGUUCAAGCAACUGCAGUGUUUGGACAUAACAUACAACUCGAUGAACUAAUAUCGAAAGCCAAUAUUUAUUAUCAAAAACCCGUGAAUUCAGGUGUUGGAAGUGAUGAACUCAUCUUGAACGAAGUGCAAGAGCUGCCUUCGAAAACAGAUAUCAAACUGAUUAUACAUGGAUUUACUAGCAGUCGCUCUCAUUUCUCCAUUACUCCGUUGAGAAAUGCAUAUCUUUCUAAAGGUAAGGACAACGUGCUGCUCGCCGACUGGUCUGAUGCUGCAGCUCUGGAUUAUCCGACCACUCGUAAAGCCGUUGCACAGGUUGCGAAACAUUUUGCCAAGCAAUUGAAAGAUUUUCUAGACAAGCACGAGAUCGCUCACGCUGACGUGCACAUCAUCGGUCAUAGUUUAGGUGCGCACAUUGCCGGCAAUAUUGGUGAUUACUUUAAUGGCAGUCUGGGUCGUGUUACCGGGUUAGAUCCGGCUUUGCCACUUUUCACUCCGCUCUCAAGUGAUGGCCUGCACCGCUCAGCUGCGCAAUUUGUCGAUGUAAUACACACCGAUUUUCCCGUAUUUGGCGAUGGCACACCACGCGGCAACAUCGAUUUUUAUCCAAAUUUUGGAAACACCCCACAACCAGGGUGUGGCGAUGUGGAUGUGCUGUUGAUAGCCAAGCAGUUGAUAUUUGAGCAAUACAGCUGCAGCCAUAAUCGCGCUGUCUUCUUGUAUGCCGAGUCUAUAGGCCAACCAAAGAAUUUUCCGGCAAUCUCCUGUACCCUAAAUGGCAUAAAAGCUUUGAAUGUGAAUGGUUGUCGGAGGAAACUAAAAACGGGAGCUCCGAAUCUUGCGGUGGAUGAUAGUGAAGUGGUGUAUAUGGGAGAGGAAGUGUCGAGAAGUGCGACCGGUUAUUAUUAUCUGCCAACCUAUGAUGCACCACCUUAUGGCAUGGGCGCAAGUACGAACUUCUGACUGAAGACUGCGCAAGCAUGAAUGGUGUGCAACUUGGCUAAAUGGAAGAUAUGUGCGAACACAGAAUGAUUAAGAAGCUUAAUAUUCGUAAAUACACUACACUAAAAGUAUUACUUUCCCUGGAUUUCUUAUUACAUGAAACACCCUGUUCCACAGUACACGCAGUCUAUACAAGACUAAAGUCCACCACCUUUGUUAAUAUCAACUUUGUCAUAAAAUAUUAUCAAAUAUGGACAAUUGUUGCCUAAAUAUUUGCUUUAUCAAAUGGAUAUCAUCAAAUCGAUAAGAACAAAAACAAUGUUCGCUCAAAAAGAAUAAAAAAUAUCGUAUAGAAAUAGAAAAAAUAUAUAAGCUUUGAAACUACGAAACAACUGGCACUAACCGUUAGUCGGUUCUGCAUUAACCGAAGGACUCGU